AUGAAGAAGAUAAAGAUAAAGUUGAGGAUCCUAAAGUGGGUAUGGAAUGUUAAUUCAGUUGAUGAGAUGUAUGGAUAUUACUCGAAAUAUGCCAGACAAAGUGGUUUUGUAGUGUUCAGAAGGAACUUGAAAAGAGGGGCUAAUGGGGAGUUUAAGUGCGUAACACUUGCGUGUACCCGUUCUGGAAAGCCAAGGAUAAGGACUAGCAAUCCUGUGAAGCUCCGACCGCAAACAAAAAUGGAAUGCAAAGCUGCAGUUAAUGCAGUCCUUUGCUCCAAUGGAAGUUGGAUGUUGAGUUCUUUUGUACUCGACCAUAACCAUGAGAUGAGUCCAAGUAAAUCUCGUUUUUUCAAAUCCAAUAAUAGGGUCCUUAACCAAUAUGUGAAAAGGAGGCUUGAAAUAAACGAUGCGGCUGGGAUAAGAAUGAACAAGAAUUUUGGUUCUCUUUUGUCAGAGGCAGGAGGGGAACAUGAGAAGCUGCCAUACUCAGAGAAGGAUUGUUGGAAUCGUGUUGAAAAGAUCCGCCGUUUGCGUCUUGGAGAAGGAGAUGCAAGUGCAAUGUUGAAGUACUUUCAGAAAAUGCAAGCUCAUAAUUCUAACUUUUUUUACUCAAUAGACUUGAAUGAAGAGGGUCGAUUGCGGAACGUAUUCUGGGCCGAUGCAAGAAGUAGAGCCACAUUCAAAGAGUUUAGUGAUGUGGUUACUUUUGACACUACCUACUUGGUGAAUAGAUAUGAUAUGUCUUUUGCUCCUUUCGUCGGGGUAAAUCACCACGGACAAUCUACAUUGUUAGGUUGUGCACUCAUCUCCAAGGAAGACACAAAGACGUUUACAUGGCUAUUCAACUGUUGGCUUACGUGUAUGUCUGAAUGCGCUCCUCCUACAAUAAUUACAGAUCAAGACAAAGCAAUGAAGAAGGCUAUAGAGAUUGUUUUCCCUAAUACACGCCAUUGGUGUUGUAUAUGGCAUAUCUUGAACAAGAUUCUUGAAAAAUUGAAAGGGUACAAUGAAUAUGAAGACAUCUCGAUUCAUAUGCUAGAAGUAGUGUAUGAUUCAUGGACGAAAGAAGAAUUUGAAGAAAAUUGGGGACAUUUCAUUGAGAUGUACAAACUCGAAAACAAUGAAUGGUUACUUGGCUUGUUUGAUGAGAGGGAACAAUGGGUGCCUGUAUUCGUAAAUGAUAUAUUUUGGGCAGGAAUGUCAAGUACACAACGGAGUGAAGGUAUGAAUUCAUUCUUUGAUAGUUAUAUCAACUCAAAGACUACCUUACAACAAUUUGUGGAGCAAUAUGAAAAUGCUUUGGCAAAAAGGGUGGAGAAAGAAAAUGAGGCAGAUUCUAGUUCAUUGAACUCCUACAUCCCAUGCUUCACUCAAUAUGAGUUGGAGGAACAAUUUCAAAGGGCUUACACUCUUGCCAAAUUUAAGGAGGUCCAAAAUGAGUUGGUUGAGAUGAUUCACUGCAACUUGAAUUUAAGUAAGGCAGGUGAUGGUUUUUCCGAAUAUGAAGUACGGGAGGAUGUGUUGUGUGGAAAAAAGAAAAAGCGGGUAAUUUUCAAAGUUUGUUUUAAGGAUAAUGGUAGUGAAGUUAACUGUAAUUGUCGUUUGUUCGAGUCUCGGGGUAUACUGUGCAAGCAUUGUAUUAUGGUGUUUCUGGAAAAGGGGAUUGAUCGGUUACCUGAAAAGUAUAUUUUGAAAAGAUGA